AUGAUGAUAGCGGAGAUUGGGGUCCCUGCAACCUUUCUCGAUCCGAGAGGAGAUGGUCAUUCUCAUCUCUUUAGCUUCUUCACUGAAGAAGUGGUGAUGAUCGGUUUAAGAGACAAUUUGUGCAUCUUGAAGAACAUAACAGUAAGGGUGAGAGAAGCUCUCCUCUUCAACACUCCUUACUUAGCUACACGAGAGAGAGAUUUCCUACCCCUAAGAAAGAGAAUGGAUCACAAAAACUCAAUAUCGAGAACAGACAUGCAGUUUCUUUACCACAACACUCGGAAGCCCUCCAAAUUCUCAAAAAGAGGGAUCCGAUUACAUGAAUGGAAUGAACAGGAUGUGGCAAAUGAUGACCGGGUUUCGAAGGAAUCGACUUUGUGA